UGGCAGAGAAAGCUUCAACCCGACCUCUUGUGCCCUCAACAAAGAUGGCUAGAGCACUUCCUGCUCUUGCCUUCAACAAAGAUGGUUUCAAUACUUCCUGUCUAGGACUUUUGCCCUCAACAAAGAUGGUGUUUAUGGUCUAUGUUCUUUAUCAGUGUGGAUUCCGGCUGUAGUUUUAUUUAUUUAUUUUUUUUAACGAUACGUGGUCGCAGACGGAGAAAUGGACGCCAGAGACAAGCAAGUGCUCCGCUCCCUGCGGCUGGAGCUGGGUGCAGAGGUACUGGUGGAAGGCCUGGUUCUUCAGUACCUUUACCAGGAAGGAAUUUUGACAGAAAACCACAUUCAAGAAAUCAAAGCUCAAACCACAGGCCUCCGGAAGACAAUGCUGCUGCUGGACAUCCUGCCUUCCAGGGGCCCCAAAGCCUUUGACACCUUCCUAGAUUCCCUCCAGGAAUUUCCCUGGGUAAGAGAGAAGCUGGAGAAGGCCAGAGAGGAAGCCACAGCUGAACUGCCUGCAGGUGACUGGAUGUCCGGAAUCCCCUCACACAUCCUCAACAGCUCCCCAUCAGACCGGCAGAUUAACCAGCUGGCCCAGAAGCUGGGCCCAGAGUGGGAGCCCGUGGUGCUGUCUCUGGGACUGUCCCAGACUGACAUCUACCGCUGCAAGGCCAACCAUCCCCACAACGUGCAGUCGCAGGUGGUGGAAGCCUUUGUCCGCUGGCGCCAGCGUUAUGGGAAGCAGGCCACCUUCCUAAGCUUACACAAGGGCCUCCAGGCAGUGGAGGCUGACCCCUCGCUGCUCCAGCACAUGCUGGAGUGACCUGACCCCUACCACUUGCUGGGGGGUGGGUUCCCAAGUCACACAGGCUGAACUGGACUUUACUCAGCAGGUGCCUUUGUUCUGGGCUAGUGUUUUUCUUUCCGGUGAUCCUUAGACGGAAAGAGAACAUCUGGAUUCUACUCAAGAUUACACCGUCCAUCUCCCAUACUGGCUCAGCAAUUCAUUGCUUGAAGACUGCAUUGUUGUAACUACAGUUUUGAACUUCGUGGCUGCCCUUUAACGUAAGGCCAGAAAAAAAAAACACAAACCAAAAAUAAAAUCAUGUUACAGCAUCACAUGCAGGUGUCCUGCAUACAAGGCAGCCACACUUAUGGGGCCUGGAGACUGGACUGUGGACUUAGCUCCUCAUAAUUAUGAUGACAAUAAAAAGUGAAUUGUGGUGUA